AUGUAUCAUAUCUUUCAGAUCUCCGGCGAAGUUUUCAGGGCUUUGGGCUUGAAGAUGAAGAUUCUCAUAACAGUCAUCUUUAGUGGUUUACUAAUUUGGUCUGUUAUCUUACUCUCAUUCUCAAACAACUUCAACAACCAACUUCUUGAUGCUACAACCAACGAUUCAAAGGAAUCCGAAAGACCGGGCGAUAAAUUGAUAGGAGGGCUUUUAACAGCGGAUUUCGACGAAGACUCUUGCUUGAGUAGGUAUCAUCAAUCUUUGUUGUAUCGCAAGGCAUCGCCGUAUAAGCCUUCUGAGUAUCUUGUCUCUAAGCUUAGAAGCUAUGAGAAGCUUCACAAGCGUUGCGGUCCAGGCACAGAUGCUUACAAGAAAGCAACAGAGAGACUUAGUCAUGAUGAGAAUUCUGAUGGUGAAUGCAAAUACAUUGUGUGGGUGGCGGUUUACGGGCUUGGAAACAGAAUACUUACACUUGCUUCUGUCUUCCUCUACGCUCUCUUGACCGAUAGAAUCGUUCUUGUCGAUCAAAGCAAAGAUAUAAGCGAUCUCUUUUGCGAGCCGUUUCCAGGUACUUCAUGGCUACUUCCUCUUGACUUUCCAUUGAUGAAACAGAUUGAUGGCUACAACAUGGGAUACUCUCGUUGUUACGGAACAAUGUUGAACAACAAUGCCAUUAACUCGAACUCAACUCUGCCGCAUUUGUAUCUUCAUAUCCUCCAUGAUUCAAGGGAUAAUGACAAGAUGUUCUUCUGCCAAAAGGAUCAAACUUUAAUCAACAAAGUCCCUUGGUUGAUUGUCAAAGCCAAUGUCUACUUUGUUCCUUCUCUAUGGUUGAAUCCAACUCUCCAAACCGAGCUAACGAAGCUGUUCCCGCAGAAAGAAACUGUCUUUCACCAUUUGGCUCGCUAUCUUUUUCACCCGACGAACCAAGUUUGGGGCUUGAUCACAAGGUACUACAAUGCUCACUUAUCCAGAGCAGACGAGAGACUCGGGAUUCAAAUACGGGUUUUCAGCGAUCGAGGCGGGUAUUACCAGCACGUAAUGGACCAGAUCGUAGCUUGUACACGAAGAGCGAAACUUUUGCCUGAAGCAGCUACACAAGAAGAACCAAAACUCAAUGUAUCGAAGCGCGCCAUCCAUAAAGCGGUUCUUGUGACAUCUCUGUAUCCAGAGUACUCUGAUACCUUGAAGGACAUGUUUUGGGAGAAACCGACUUCGACAGGUGAGAUAAUCGAAGUGUUUCAGCCGAGUGGAGAAAGAGUUCAACAAACAGACAAGAAGCUUCACGACCAAAAGGCUCUUGCUGAGAUGUAUCUUCUGAGUCUAACCGAUAACCUUGUCACAAGCGCAAGGUCUACAUUUGGAUAUGUUGCUCAUAGUCUUGGAGGGUUAAAGCCAUGGUUACUUUAUCAGCCAAAAGAUUCCUCAGCUCCUGAUCCGCCUUGUGUUCGGUCCACGUCGAUGGACCCUUGUCACCUUACUCCACCUUCUCAUGGAUGUGAAGCAGAAUGGGGAACUGACUCGGGGAAGGUCGUUCCAUUUGUAAGGCAUUGUGAGGAUCGUGAUAACGAUGGACUUAAGCUAUUUGAUGAGUUAUAG